CCCCGACAGCUGCUUUGUUAACACUUCCCCGAGCCAAGAUGGCAGACUUCGAAGAUCAGCUUAGUGAUGAAGAGAAGAUCCGCAUUGCAGCCAAUUUUGUCAUCCACGCUCCUCCGGGAGAGUUUAACGAAGUCUUCAAUGAUGUGCGUUUACUGCUCAACAAUGAUAAUCUCCUCAGAGAGGGCGCAGCGCAUGCCUUCGCCCAGUACAACAUGGAUCAGUUCAGCCUCGCCAAAAUCGAUGGAUUUGAAGAUCAGGUCCUGAUCACAGAACACGGAGACCUGGGCAAUGGGCGCUUUUUUGAUCCGCACAACAAGGUUUCUUUCAAGUUCGACCACCUGAGGAAGGAGGCCAGCGACCCCCAGCCCUACGAAGGCGAGGCCGCCCUCCGAUCGUGGACAGAUGCGUGCGACGCCGCCCUGAGGGCCUACGUGAAGGAGCAUUACCCCAGCGGCGUUUGCACCGUUUAUGGGAAAACAAUUGACGGCCAGCAGACCAUAAUUGCUUGUAUUGAGGGUCAUCAGUUUCAACCCAAAAACUUCUGGAACGGUCGCUGCCGGUCCGAGUGGAAGUUCAAUAUCUCCCAGUCCACAGCGCAGGUGGUCGGGGUCCUAAAGAUACAGGUACAUUAUUAUGAGGAUGGAAACGUUCAGCUGGUCAGCCAUAAAGACAUCCAGGAAGCACUGACCGUUUCUAACGAGAGCCAAACCGCCAAGGAGUUUGUGAAAAUUAUUGAAGACGCAGAGAACGAGUACCAGAUGGCCAUCAGUGAGAACUAUCAGACCAUGUCGGACACCACGUUCAAAGCCUUACGUAGACAGCUCCCGGUCACCCGCACCAAGAUCGACUGGAACAAGAUCCUCAGCUACAAGAUCGGCAAAGAGAUGCAGAACGCGUAGAGGACCGAGCCUGCCAGCGUUGCCUUGCGCCAAGACCAACGGAGGGGGGACCUCGGAAUUUGAGGCACAUGUAAGACGAAGCUCGCGUCAAGAUGUGCUGAUAUAACUCGUCCUCUUAAGCUCCGUCUAGAGAAACAAACCCGAGUCUUAGUUUUGGUUUCGCCAAGGAAUGACUGCUUCGUUUGAGCACCAUGUGGCGAUGCCUUCCUUUAAAGAAAAACAAAAAAAAACAAAAAAAACACAAGAGGACAUUGAAUGAUCUAAUUGUAGCUCAUUUGCAAACAAGCUAUUUUGAACUGAUAAUGCCUUUUAGCGACAAUGUGAAAGUUUGGGUCAUUCGCUAGCGUGCACACACACUCUCACCGACGCAAACGCAUUUUUUUUAUACAACCACUGAUCGGACCCUUCGAAGCCCGCAACUCUUAACACUGAUCCCACGCCUUAGUGUAGCAUCUGUUUUAGCCAACUUUUAGAGUGUCGCCGGCUGACUUCGUCCCGAGAGCUUCCGUUUUACACAACAGCAGGUGAACAGCAUAGCCACGCCCGGCGCUUACGGGGGUUCAAGACAACGCAGACCGUUAAGACGAUGAAAACUUCAGCAGCUUAAUUUAAAACAUCCGCCAGGUUUGGUGAUGUUUGGACGAGCUGUCGUUGAUUUACGGCCAAAUUUUCACCAGGCCCGUGCACGUGUAUGGAACUGGUGGCUCCCCCUGUUGAGCGAUUUCACAAUAGUUUUACACACGUGGGGGGGGUUCAACGUUGUUCUGGAACAGAUCCUGCGAGUUUUAUAAUGAUUACACAAACGAUUUCUGAUUUAUAGUCUGAUUUGCGUUGCGCCACACCCAUAUUUUUGGAUUUGUAGCGCCCCCUUGUGGCCGAUUUGAAUGUCUUUCGGGUUGUGACGACUGGCCCAACUUUUUUUGCCAACUUCGGUCUGUUCACGUGCUGAGCCACGCCCUUUUGAAGUUCAUUGGUCGAUAUCUUGAAAGCUAAACUUGGUCCAAUGAUGAUCCUCAGGACGUUUGGUAGCAGCUGGACCUACGGUGUAGGAGGAGAUGUCAAAAACGUGUUUUUCAAAAAAUUCAAAAUGGCGGAAAAUCUAGUCAGGUGGACUUUAGUGGUUCUUGGGACAGCUUUGCAGAGUGAGGAUAGGUGGAUGUUUAUACCCAGCUUCGUGUAGAUCGGACUUACGGCGUAGGAGCUAGGAAUUUUCAAAGUUUGAAAUUUUUACCUUCAACUAAAGCGCCCCCGUCAGGCCGAUUGGGGUCAUAUUUCUUGGGCAGCAUUUGCACACGACUUCCAAUCCCCGGGCAAAAUCUCGUGCAUACCAUAUACCAAACAUUUCCGAAGAAGAAAAAUAAACCAGCACAGCUCGAACCCCUAAAGCUGCAACCUGAUAUCGCCCUCUUGUGAGAGACCUUACAGCAGUAAAUGAUAUGUAAAUGAUAUGUAAAUGAUCUGACUUCUGGCUGUGUUUGAGGAUCAUUACAGCUCACUUUGGCUGCAGGGCUGUAGACCAACAAGGCCUUGAGGAAUGGCAUCAUUUAACCUGUUCACCAACUACAUUUCAGUCCUUCCUCCUUGGUGAAUUGGGAGUUGUAGUAUUCCCCCCCACCCCCCCUUCUCAGUUGUUGAGAGGGAAAGAGGGAUUUCAUUUAUUGCAGAGUAAAUAUGCCCCCCCCCCGUCCCGCCCUCCCCAAAGUAUAGGUAUCCUUCUGCCAACUGUCUGCCUUUAGGUUUUGCUAUAUUUUUUAUACAAAAUGUACAGACAUUUAUUAUUCAUCAGGAAUAAAGAAAAGUUGCGCCAAAUAUGAUCUUGCAACUGCUGCGAUCGUUAAGAUUGUGUUUAACAUCAUCCGUCGAGGUUGGUUUCAAAAGAGCCUGGGUGCCAAAUGUAUUUAAUUUUCUAUUUUUUUCUUUUCUUUUCGGAUGGCUUGCAUAAAUAAAUCUUACAGACGUGUUAUGUUUCGCAGUGACAUUCAGUCAUCGAACAGGUCAGUUGUACCAAGUUGAACAAAGAAUGUUAAUUGCCGAAAAUGUCAGUGAAUUUAUGGGUUAAAGCGCAUAUAGAGAUGCAUGUGAUGAUUUUAUGUUCGUAUAACCUGUCAUCUGUAUUAGUUACCUUUCCUGUGUCCACCAGUGUCCAUAACCCACUGUCAAUAAACGAUACACCUUAUUCUG